AUGACCUACGUUUCUGUCUUCGUAUCGUCUCCGGACACGCACUCUGAGCGGCGCUUCGACUCAGACCUCACCGUCGGUCAGCUCAAAGUGAGUGCCUUCCUCCCCACGACAUGGUCAAGUGGUCGCGGCGACGCACGGUCAACGGCAGCGCUAACAAGGCAGGACAAGCUCUUCCCCAUCACUGGUAUCCUGCAGCAGUACCAGGUUCUCAGCCUUUACCAGUCCUCCGAGUCUCAGCAGCCUCUCGCCGCUCUCAAUGACGACAACCAGACGCUUGCUGCCUACGGUGUUAAGGAGUUCAAUUGCAUCAAGGUGGACAGCACUGACCCCAAUGCCCGACCGGGAGAGUUCUCUGAUCUGUCUGCCGUCGACAAGUUUGAGCUCUCGCAGGAGGAGUACGAGAAGCGGAGUGACACCGUCCUUGCGCACUUGAAGGCGAACAAGCUUGGUCGCUUCGCCGACACUCCCACCCCCAUCGCUUUCAAGCCGCCGCCUGCUGAGACCGUCUCUGACGAGUACAAGGUCGGUGCGCGCUGCGAGGUCCGAAGUGACGACAACAUGCCGCGAAUCGGCACGGUGCGCUUUGUUGGAAAGACGGAGUUUGGCAACAAGGCCGGGGUCUGGAUAGGUGUUGAGCUCGACGAGCCGACGGGCAAGGGAGAUGGAUCCGUGGACGGCAAGCGCUACUUUACUUGUUCGCCGAAGCACGCCGUCUUCGUCCGCCCGGACAAGGUCACGAUCGGUGACUUCCCGGAAGAGGACCUCAUGGCCUCUGACGACGAGAUUUAG